CCCAACUCCUCACUCCAUUUUCUCCUCCUCCCUCCCCCUAUUUAUAUCCCUCCAAAGUUACGUUCUCGUAAAACCAAACCCCUCUCUCUCUCUCUCUCUCUCUCUCUAAUCUCUAUCCAUCUACCUUCUCUCUCUUUCUCUAGGCCGUCCUCUUCAGUUGAAGCAAUCUCUCUUGGCUUCAUCAGCAGCAGCAGCGGCAGCAGAGAGUUAGUUAAUAAACGGUUUUUUCUCCCCAUUUUAACCUUCGUCUCGUCCUCAAUUUUACGCUUCAUGCCAUCAACCGUUGUUCUUCGCCCCCACUAAGAUCUGAACCCAACCCAACCCAACCCAACCACCCAUCUCUGGUUUCUCACCAGUUCCGAUAAUUUGCAAACAUGAUUUCAUGGAAAGAUCUCUACACGGUCUUGGCCGCCAUGGUUCCUCUCUACGUGGCCAUGAUCUUAGCCUAUGGUUCAGUUCGAUGGUGGAAGAUUUUCUCGCCGGACCAGUGCUCCGGCAUCAACCGCUUCGUCGCCGUAUUCGCAGUUCCGCUUCUCUCCUUCCACUUCAUCUCUACCAACAACCCUUACAAGAUGAACUUCCAUUUCAUCGCUGCCGAUACUCUGCAGAAGAUAAUUAUGCUCGUUGUUCUGGGUAUCUGGGCUAACUUCACCCGGAACGGAAGCCUUGAAUGGUUGAUCACCAUCUUCUCUCUCUCCACGCUCCCUAACACCUUGGUCAUGGGGAUUCCUCUCUUGAUCGCCAUGUAUGACAAGAACGCCGGCAGCCUCAUGGUUCAGGUCGUUGUGUUACAGUGUAUCAUUUGGUAUACACUGCUUCUGUUUCUCUUCGAAUACCGAGGUGCCAAGAUGCUGAUCAUGGAGCAGUUCCCUGAUACCGCGGGGUCUAUCGUUUCUUUCAAGGUUGACUCGGAUGUCGUGUCGCUCGACGGCCGGGAUUUCUUGGAGACGGAUGCGGAGAUCGGAGAGGAUGGGAAGCUUCACGUGACCGUGAGGAAGUCGAAUGCGUCAAGGAGGUCGCUUGGGCCGGGAUCGCUUCCGGCAUUGACUCCUCGCCCGUCGAAUCUCACCGGAGCAGAGAUUUACAGCUUGAGUUCGUCAAGGAAUCCGACGCCGAGAGGUUCGAAUUUUAACAAUUCGGAUUUCUAUUCAAUGAUUGGACUUCAGGGUUUUCCUGGGAGGCAGUCCAAUUUUGGGCCGGGGGACUUGUAUUCGUCGAGAGGUCCUACGCCGAGGCCAUCGAAUUUCGAGGAGAAUUGCGCACCGGCGGCAAUCAGUUCUCCUCGUUUCGGAUUCUAUCCAGCAGUGCCGGCGGCGAGCACUUAUCCUGCUCCGAAUCCGGAAAUUUCUUCUACUGGGAGCAAGAACGCGAAGAAAGAACAGAACCAGCAGCAGCAGACGCAAGUGCAAGGGCAAACGGUGCAGUCACAGAGUAAAGCGAACCAUGACGCCAAGGAGCUUCACAUGUUCGUUUGGAGCUCCAGCGCUUCGCCUGUUUCCGAAGGUGGUGGGCUCCACGUCUUUGGUGGGACGGAUUUCGGUGCGACGGAGCAGUCUGGACGGUCUGAUCAGAGCGCAAAGGAGAUCCGGAUGUUAGUUGCCGAUCACCCACAAAAUGGGGGAAACAAAGAGGAAUUUGGAGGGGAAGACUUCAGUUUCGCGGGGGGAAGAGGAACGAUGGCGGAGGGAGAAGAGGACAGAGAGAAAGAAGGGCCAACUGGACUGUCAAAGCUCGGCUCAAGCUCGACGGCGGAAUUACACCCGAAAGCCGGGGGAACGUCGGAUUCAGGCGCCGGGAAACAGAUGCCACCGACGAGCGUCAUGACCCGACUGAUUUUGAUUAUGGUGUGGCGCAAGCUCAUCCGGAACCCAAACACGUAUUCGAGCCUUGUUGGUGUUAUUUGGUCCCUCAUUUCCUUCCGGUGGGAUGUGUCGAUGCCGCAAAUAAUAAAGGGAUCGAUCUCUAUACUCUCCGACGCCGGUCUUGGGAUGGCCAUGUUCAGCUUAGGGCUGUUUAUGGCGCUUCAGCCGAAGAUAAUUGCAUGUGGGAACUCCGUUGCCGCGUUCGCCAUGGCCGUGCGGUUUCUGACGGGCCCAGCAGUAAUGGCCGCGGCUUCCAUUGCUGUUGGCUUACGAGGCCAGCUCCUCCACAUCGCAAUUGUACAGGCCGCACUCCCUCAAGGGAUCGUCCCUUUCGUCUUCGCCAAAGAGUAUAAUGUUCACCCGGCGAUUCUCAGUACUGCGGUGAUAUUUGGAAUGCUAAUAGCGCUGCCCAUCACUUUGGUUUAUUACAUUGUUCUUGGGUUGUGAAAAUGGUGGAGAUAGAUGUUUUAAUACUAUUGAAAGAAAAGAAAGAAAGCACAAAAGAUUUGGGUGUGUGUGAAAAUAUAAACGAGCGUCGACGCUGGCCAGAGAGUGUCGACUGUCGAGAGAUUAUGGGGACAAUUUUCCGGUGGACAACAAGGUUUUCUUUUGACGCAUCUGUUCGAGAGCAAAGUAAGGACCCCAUAUAAAAAGAAGAUCAUGCUCUCAAUAGCAACACCAUUUUUGAACUUGAACCCAACUUGUUUUGAGUUGAGAAGAUGAUGAGGAAUCUAGAGUUGGUCGAGCUGUAUACUAGACUACUGAGGGACAAGACACAGGGAACGAAGAGAGUGCAUACGGCAUACCCAAUGAUUUUCUUUCUUUCUUCUUCUUCUUCUUCUUCAGUGUUUAUGUGUAACCCGAGUUGAAUAUUCAGCUUCAAGCCUUGGAAAUUAACAUAGAAUCCGAACAAUGAAAUCCUUUUAUUAGUUUUGGCAUUUUGGAGUGUAAAAAAUUUGCAAUGUUUUUACAGAUGCGCGUAAAAAGAUAUUUUGAAGAAA